GUUGUUAUCAGGAGAACCUCCCUAAUCGAGAAGCAAAAAACACCAAGAUAUGGGCGGGAGUAAGAUUAUCAAAGAUGCUGUCCACGGACACAUUGAGAUCCCUGCUCUCUGUGUCCGAAUCAUUGACACUCCGCAGUUUCAGAGACUCAGGUUUCUGAAGCAGCUUGGCACGGCUUUCUUCGUGUAUCCUGCGGCAUCUCACAGCCGUUUCGAGCACUGUGUUGGGACAUGUUACCUGGCGGGGAAGAUGGUGAACGCCCUUCGCAGCCGCCAGGAGGAACUCGGAAUAACUGAGAAAGACGUUUUGUGCGUUCAGAUCGCGGGCCUCUGCCACGACCUCGGCCACGGCGCCUUCAGUCACGUCUUCGAGACGUUCAUGAAGGAAUCCGAGAAAAGCUUCCAGCAUGAAGAGGUAUCCUGUAGGAUGUUCGACCACCUCCUCAGCGAGAACCACAUUAUGCAGGAUUUUACCAAAGCAGGGCUGGACAAGAAAGAUGUUCAGUUUAUCAAGGAUCUCAUCCUUGGAGAAAAGCUUUCAGAGGAAGAAAACGGGAGAACAGAAGACAAGGCUUUCCUUUUCGAGAUCGUGAACAACAAGAGGACGGGCGCCGACGUGGACAAGUGGGACUACUUCCUCAGGGACUGCCACGGCCUCGGCAUCAACGUGACCUUCGAGUACGAGCGGCUGGUUCACUUCUCCAGGGCGGCCGAGGUCGAGGGCGAGUGGCAGAUCGUCUUCAAGGAGGCGGAGGCGGAGAACCUGUACGAGAUGAACCAUGCCAGGAUGAUGCUGCACAAGAAGGCCUACCAGCACCGCGUCGUCAAGAUCAUCGACCGAAUGCUGGUGGACGUUCUUCUGCUGGCUGACGACUUUGUACAAUACAUGGGUGGAGAUGGAAGAAGCCUCAAACUGAGCGAAGUUUUCACCGACAUGGCGGCCUACACUUACCUCACCGAUGACGUCAUACACCGCAUACUGCAGGAGCCGGCCGGAUCCGAGGCUUCUGAGAAGGCCAAGGAGAUCCUGAGGAACAUCCUGACGAGAAACCUGUACCCCUACGUCGGCGAGCUGGAGGCGGACCCGGAUGCAGCGGAAGAGGCGAUGGACGAACUCAAGAAUAAAUUUCCCGACUCCGUGUGCCUGGAAAGGAAAGUCCGACUUGGCAGCGAGGCAGGGAAUCCUUUGGAGAAGCAACAUUUCUACCGCCGAGGAAAUCCUGAUGAAUACAUAAAUCUGACGGCGGAGCAGGUCUCGAGAAUGCUUCCGAGAGAGUUCGUCGAUGUCAAAUACUACGUUAUUACAAGGGGCAGCCGUAAUACACAAGAGAUCAGAGAGUUCCUUGAGAGGAAGAGGGAAGCAACCAGCCGACCUUGAAAUAAAAACGAAUUGGAAGUAACCGUAAGAGAAGAAGUAGAUCCAUAUCUGAUGAGAAACGCAGCCGCAUCAACAUUUUCGUCAGUCGGGAUUUCGCCUCACUGUUUAUUCACUGAUAGCACUGUUGUUCCCAAAACUAAAACGCUGAUAUCCUCUCCCCAGUCUCAGGAAAGGAAACACUAGCAACUUGCCCUAGACUCUAGCGUACUCAGAUUCACAGAUUCUCUUUGAGAAGAAGAAAACAGUUAAUAUAAAGUUAAUAUAUAGCCAUGCAGAUAUUGUGUAAUUCCAGACAUAUUAAGAGUCACCUGAUGAGAAUUAUCCAUAAUAAUAAAAGAAAGGGAAGGCAAAUCAAAGUGGUCCAUAGUCCAGGAUGGGUUGACAGAUUUGCUUUUCUUGAGAUGGGAUUCGCUAUAGUUCCAUGAUUCCCGGUUAAUUAAAAGAAACUGAUUUUGAUUGAGGUUCUUCACACUGUUAAGCACCGGGUUAAAUGAGAAUCUUAAUGUCAUUGAUUGUUCAGCUGAAGUUUCAUUAGUAAGAUUAACUAAAUCACAUAAGUAUACGAAUAUGGUGUGAGUACAGGAAGACAUCUCUCUAAAUAUGCACCAGUCUGUGGACUUAAUAUAAACUUGCUGUGCAUGUACAUGUAUAAAUAUAAAGAGAAUGUAGCACAAUAAAAAAAAAUGAAUGAUAAA